CCACCCCGCGAUCACCGUCGCACUCCACGCUCUCCGUUGCUCUCCGCGAACUCGUCAUGAGUGAAGUCAAGCACUUGCCGAGCCAUCGUUCAUUCAGAUUCAGACGCUUCUGCUAGAUAAUAGUAUCGCGCGCGCGUUACAGCAUACGCGUGUUUUUCCGCAUUUGCCAACGACAAAGGGGGCCCGGUCGCGACGGCAGAGCGGCAAGGAGGAGCCCCAUCACCGUUGUCACCGUCGUCGUUGUCGUCUCGCACCCAUGGCAGACCACGAGGUCGUCCAGGCGAAGAGCAGCUGGAUUUGGGGGUGGUUUAGUUGGUCUGGAUCAUCUUCGACUAUGUUGCGCGCUGCGGAGAAGAAGAUUCUAUCGUGCUUGAAGACUGCGUAUCGAGGAUGGUACGUCGAUAUUGGGCCGGUUGUGGGGCCGGCAGACAAGAUAUGGACCAUUUCGCUGAAUGAAGAGUCGCCGAAGGUGCCGAUCGUUUUAUUACACGGCUUGGGAGCUGGAGUAGCAUUAUGGUGUUUAAAUUUGGAUGCACUGGCAUCCCAGAGACCAGUGUACGCCAUAGACCUGUUAGGAUUUGGCAGAAGCAGCAGACCCGUUUUUAGCAACGAAGCGCAGAAAGCUGAGGAGCAAUUAGUGCGAUCUGUUGAGGAAUGGAGAAAAGAAAUGCAACUGGAAAAUUUUGUACUGCUGGGCCAUUCGAUGGGUGGUUUUCUCGCGGCAUCUUACGCCAUGCAAUAUCCUGAAAGAGUGAAACAUCUGAUACUGGCCGAUCCAUGGGGUUUUCCCGAGAGGCCGUCCGAAGUCACUACAAAGCCGAAUAUACCGUUCUGGGUUAAAGCCAUAGCGUUUGCGGUGCAGCCUUUGAAUCCUCUAUGGGCAGUAAGAGUUGCUGGACCAUUCGGGCAAUGGCUCAUUGAAAAGACAAGACCUGAUAUUGUGAAGAAAUUUUCUUCUGUGCUGAAGGACGACACUGGUGUAAUUUCACAAUAUAUACAUCAAUGCAACGCACAGACACCAUCAGGCGAGAGCGCGUUUCAUGCAAUGAUGCAAGGUUUCGGAUGGGCAAAAAAUCCAAUUGUCAGACGAAUGGAUAAGCUAAACAAUGAUAUACCUGUAACGUUGCUUUACGGCAGUAGAUCAUGGGUUGAUAAUUCAGCUGGUGAAACGAUUAAACAGCAUCGAUCUUCAUCAUAUGUUAAUGUUCAGGUAAUUACCGGAGCCGGUCAUCAUGUUUACGCAGAUAAAAGUGAAACCUUCAACAAGUACGUGUUGGAAGCAUGCGACUUAAGUGACUCGAUACCUCAUUUAACAUCGUCAAAUAUACCUAAUCGUCCUAAACCUAUUAAUGAUCAAGAAAUAGAUGUAAAUUUAUCCAAUGGAGCAAUGGAAGAACGAAGAUCAAAGGAAAAAGACCUGAAUACGUCAAACUCAGAAUCAACAAACCUAUAAUUCAAAUCUAGUGUAAAACAUUCUUAUGAAAAGGGACAUUCCUAAUUUCUAGCUGCUGGUACAAAGAAAGAUAUAGUAAGCAUAUAUUGUGAUGUCGCGAGGUACAUACGAACAAAUGUUUGUAUUGUGACACGUGAGCUUUAUGUAAUUUAUAAAUGUAAUAACGUAGAGGAGCGUAAAUGAACGGACAUUGGUCAUAUGUUAUCUGAUUGACUGUAGAUAUUAAGACGUCGCAAAAUCAUUAAUAUAAUACUCUUUUUGGAAUUAUGACAAUGUAUUACUGCAAAUGCACGAAAACGUUUAGAGGAGUGAUGUGAUCUUGCCACAAGAUUUAUAUCAUUUUUAAUUGUUGAUUAGUUGCAAUCAGUCAAAAGUCUAUUAUAUGGCGUAAAAUUUAUAAUAAAUCAAAAAGGGAUCAAGUGGGUGUAUGUAAGAAAUAUAACUAAAUAAUAGAAGUUUGUACAUUAUGUACAGUCUUAGCUUUACUAACACAGGCCAUAGUAGCGUCUAGCGAGGAGGAAUAAACAUUCUUGUUAUUGUUAUUAAUUGUAUUGUCUCUCAUCUUGUCGCAAGAUUUUAUGUAUAUUGUACAAUACAAUUUAUUACUAAUAAAUUAUUUAUUGUACACACAUGUACAGAAAGUUGA